AUGGCGCUUGGGAAUUACGAGAGAUGGAAUGAAAGUUUCGUGAGCACAGAACGAUGGUGUCGACUCAGGGGGAACCUUCUGUUCUACUUCAAGUCGAGGGACCACUGGUCAGAACCUGCGGGGGUCAUUGUCCUCGAGAACUGCCAGGUCACACUCGACCAGCCCCAGGAUAACCUCUUCGCUUUUAAUUUAGUGUUCGAGGGAGGCACCCAGCACUGCGCAGCGCUGUGUGAGAGUGAGCGGGAUGCGUGGAUCACCGCCAUCCACCAGGCCUCCUUCGCGUACAUGAGGCUGCAGGUAGAGGCUCUCCAGCAGCAGGUGUCGUCGAAGCAGUCCUCCUUGCCCACAGAUAUCCAUCGGCAUCGCCUCAGCACAGGAGUUACUCUAGGUGUGCACAGUACGCAGUCUUCUCCUGUAGACGUGAAUGAGCCGCCCUUCUUGGAGAUCUCAGUCUCGUGUGACAACUUGAGGUGUGACGGUGAUGGACAGCCCCCAUCCCCAAGGGUCACAGUGCAGGUCCUCAAUGCCCCACAGAAGAGCUGGCUACAGUAUGCACAAACGGAGGUUAUUGAGAGAACGAGCAAUCCAAAUUUCCUGUCGACCGUGAGCUUCCGCAAAACAGAUGGCCUGGACACCACCACACAAGUGAGACUGGCUGUCUACGAUGUCAGGGAGAGAGUCACCAACACAAGCACGCAGCUUGGACAGGCCACUGUGAGUCUUGGAGAACUCCGCGAGACAGGACGAUCUCGCCUGAGCCUCCAGUCACCUCUAGGGCGUAACGUGGGUUUCAUCACCAUCACUGCCUGGACCCUCGAGGCAGAGUCGGUUGAUCCCAACUCCCACACGCCCAGUAAUGCCACUCCACAUCACCAGCCUGCCCCCUUACCUGUGGUGGCAUGCCACCGUCGGACCCAGUCUCUUCCUCCACGCCUGAGCUCCAAGACACGGCACCCGACACAGGGCCACCUUAGCCUGCUCUAUGACAACCCCUCGAUGGCCACCUUCCGUUUCCACUCGGGCCUUGGGGGAGACAUUGCUGUGCUGGAAGUCAUGGCUGAGAGCAGAUACUGCUUCACAUUCCCACAGCAGUUGCUGCGGCUGUGGAUAUCAGAAGAGCGCCGGUGGCAGGAGGAGCUGUCAUCGUUGGGUGACCUCUCUGACCAGUGGCACACCAGGCAGAUGGCACUUCUCAACCAACACGUCACACUCAUCAACAUCUACAACAUGGCCCUAGACACCCUCGAUGUAGCAGCACAUUCUGGUUCAAGCUUUAAGAAGAGUAGCAGCAAAUAUGAGUCAUCGAUCGAAAUGGCGCCUGUCAACCUCCACCUCCAGAGGCUAUGGGCGCAGAAUGAGUCCCUGCGCCGUUCAGGAUUCUACGAUGUCAUUACCGUUGGGGUCUUCAGUGCCCACUCUCACGGAUACAAGAAUGGAGGUUUAGUCAAUAUGCUCCAGAAAGCCAAAAGCUCCCGCAGGACCCCAGGAGGGGGAGACAAGGCAUGGGCAAGCGAGGCGGCAGUAGAAGGUGUGAAGAAGUUGCGGCAGGACGUGACAACACUCCUGCGCUCUAUGCUUGUAUGUCUGCGGCAGGAGGACACCGUCUCCCUCACCAAGGUCCUGCCUUUGCUGCAGGAGAAGACCCGGUCUCUGCUGAAUGUGAUUGAGCCAUCGCUGGUGGAGGAGGCAUUUGAGUUCCUGGACCAGAUCCGUGUCCCUCAGAACCCAUCACGUAUCUUGACCCUGGCCACACGCUGCUAUUCCUCACAGAACAUUGCAGGCUACCUCAGCCCAGAGACAGCCCUGGACAUAGAGCUGAUGACCCCAGAUGUCCCUACAGUGCCCACAGGGAACAGAAAAGAAUGUUUGAUUAGUGAGGCAGCCAAAGGUCAAGGGCUAGUCAUCACAACCAAAGAGGUGGACAUCAUGGACAGCCACGAGAAUAGUGUGUACAGGCCCACUGAUGAGCCAGAGCCAUGGGACCUGAUCCAGUUGAAUGUACAAGCAAGCGUGAUGUGCCUAACCAGCAAAAUCAAGAGUUUCUGUGGGCGGAAGGUGAAUGCCAGUGGUCCGAAGGACUUGUGUCAGGAUGGGGGUAACAGAGAGGUAAUGGGUGAUGGGCAGCAGGUGGGGCAAGGCAGGGACAGUGAGGUGAAGCAGAAGGAGGUUGGAGCAAAUAACACACCUACUGAGAAAUCCAGUCCGAGCAAGAGCCGACUCAAAGUAAGUGAAUCACAGAACAUCAGCUCAAACCCACAAUCGACUGCCCAGAGCCAGGCUGUCAUUUCAUCAUCAGUCGGGUCAGACUCUAGCCAGGCAUCAGGGAGGUCUUCAAGUGUUGGUGCCUCCAGGACGAAUGAGAGCCAGCGCUCAUCAUGCUCAGCGACACCUGAUGUGUCACCAUGUGAGGAGGACAGUGGCAUUGGGCUGGAGCGUGUGACAAGUGAAGUGGAGAGGACAGACUGCAUUAGUGAAGGUGGUCUUUCAGUGGAUGAAGACCGGCGGGAGGAUCUCCUGCCCUUGGACAAAAUUGAGGUCCGGCGACCAGAGAGAGAGGAGGCCAGUCAGAAUAUUGAGUCACGGUACUCAUGUGAUAUCACUAGUGUGAAGUCUGGGAAGUUGGAAUCAAUCAUGGAACAGAGUCUGGAGGACCUGGGUUCUUCUGGAGAGGUGGAGAUCAAGGGAGAGAGCAAGGAGAAGGAGGCCAGUACAAAUGAAGGACAAUCAGGGGACAAGCCAAAUGCCGGAAUCUCGGAACAUAUAGAGAAUGCUGGCACAAAGGAUACACUUGAUGUAAACAAACAUAAUAUACAUAACACUGGGAGAACGGGAAGCAGGGAGGACAGCAAACAAGCCCCAGUGAUUAUCACCACAAAUGGCAAUCACACCAAAGAGAAUGACACAGACAAUCAAGAGGCUGUCGACUGGGUGGGAGAGGUACGGCCUAGCAUGAAGAAACUUCGGCAGGCAAUGGAUGGCCUGAUGCGCACAGCACGCCUAGUUCACAGUGUAUUCCGUUUGCAACAGACCCCAGAGGCGGCUCAGCAAGCACACAUGAUCAAAUACAGAAGAGACAUCUGCUUCUCGCAAGCGUUGACUUCUCUAGUGACGGCGCUGAUGACAAGGCUAUGGUGCAGAAAAGCUGAUCCACUUUUCAUCACUGUCCUCGCUCACCUUGGGCCGCUCGUAGAGUUUGAAUGCCUCGUGUCUUGCCAUGGGAACGACUUGGUAAUGCUAAGUGACAUGGUGGUGGCAGUGGAGGAUAUUGGCGCUGUGGAGUUUGUGAUGGUGCCGUCAGGGGGCGCUCAGGGCAGCAACGGACGCACUCGAAGUGAAGGAGCGGCACCAAGCCCAGCCACGUAUGAGCUGCCAACGCCUUGCAUCUCAGGGAACAGGUGUGGGCUCCGAGUCGUGCUCCCAGUCCCCGAGCACGUGUUGAGCCUCAUGCCAACAACCAACUCCCAGCAACCCAACGACCCCCCAACUUUCUGCGUCACGCCCGUACUCUUCAACAUUGGUAUUAAUGAGAAGAUUACAAGUAAACUGCGUAACUCUUUAGCUUCUGGAAUUCAAGGUGCUUUCAAUGACAGCAAAAGAUUGGGAAAAACAGACACUUUUUUAACCUGUCCGUACAUCACCGUUCAAGAACUUCCACUACCACAGGAGAACAGUAGAAGAGUUCCCUCGAUGGGCAGUGAUGUACCCCUUGUGGACCUCAUAGAUAAACUGGGCUUGGAAGUGCAGUCGCAGCAUAGCAAAAACCCCAAUGUACUAGUCUUAGCGGCACAGUGCUGUAGAGCCAUGGCAGGGCUUCGUUUUACCUCAUGCAAGAGCGGAAAGGACCGCACGGGAAUGAGUGUGACUCUCGAGCAAGCAAAUAUUCUGGCAGCAGAGUAUGAUUUGUCAGAGACGGAGUUCCAGAGAGCGCUUAACUGCAUGAGAAGUGAGGGGACACGGCUGGAGAACUGUCAGAAGAACAUUGGUGCACGCAAGUACGCCUUCUCGACGGUGCAGCUUAAGAUGUUCCCUCGCCAGUACCAGCCUCCUCCUGGGACAUACGGAUCAGCACAGACAUAGAGAAAGAGACGAAGAUGGUAGAAAUUUGAUAAACAUAGACGUUGGUUUGAUUCAACAAGAAACAGAAAGAUCGAAUGGGGUAGAGGAAGACAAGUUGGUAUGUGAUUUCAAGAGAGACAGAUGGCAGAUACAUUGAUUUUAGAUGUGGUGAAUAGAAGAAAAAAAAUUGACGGAUGGAGACAUGAGGCUGGCUCAUUUUCCUGAAUGUAGAGACAUACAGACAGAGAAACAGGGAAAGACUGAAUGCGAAUGGAGAGUGUAGUGAGAAAAGAAGAUAAUGUUCGAUUUUUUUUUCAUGUGGACUUGUGGUAGGAAUUUUCUGGUCUCGAUUAGAUAAGAGUGUCUUGUGGAUUAAUUGGAUUUUUUUUCCCCCCCCUGGUCAUAGAUGAAACACUUGUUGUGGGAUAUAAGCUCAAUAGUAUAUAGAUAUAAGUAAUUUGUAGUUCAUUUUAAAAGUUAUAUUAGCUAUUAUCUUUAUUAUUUUUAUUAAUAUGUUAAUAUGAUAAUAAUUAUUAUUAUUACUAUUA